AUGGAUAAAUACGUGACUAAGUUGUACAUUGGAUGUAGCCGUCCAUCCGUUAGUUCGCAUAUAACUCCAGAAAUUCAAAGAGAGACAAUUCCAUCCCGUCCUUCAAAUGUUGAUUGUAUUCUUGAGUUCGGAUCUCUUGAACACGAUCCCAAAGUAAGAAGACCCAUUUCUCAGUGUAGUCCUAACAUUCAAGAAAAUGUGAGGAGAUAUUAUAUUCAGAAAGGGCCUUAUCAAUCGAAACCAAAAGAAUUUCCUAAAACUAAGUUUGGAGACAAGAUGCGUCAAUUUAAUCCUAGGUGGUAUAAGCCUCCAUAUUUUGGCUGGUUGGAAUAUAGCAUAAAAGAUGAUGCUGCAUUUUGUUUGUGUUGUUAUUUGUUAAAAAAUGAAUUUGAAAGUCGUGAUAAUGCAGGGAGAGCAUUUGCAGACAAUGGUUUUAGGAGUUGGAACCAUGGUCCGGAGAGACUUAAAUAA